GAAUACUUACAUUAUCUACAAAGGUAUUUACAAAAUGAACAGACUUUGAAUAUACAGUUUUAAAUAUAAAUGGGAAACCUAAGCCUCAGGCCUACUCCUCCAAACCAACUAUAGCAGGUGGGGUAUACCAAGCUGUGGAGAGUCUCCCCACACAGACGACAUACCAGAGCUAGAGCUUAACUGAAGCUGGUCCAUACCGUUAAUCAUGGAGCUCUUUACAUAAAUAUGGAAUUACAUAAUGUAACAGCAUCUUCAUUAUACCCACAUUAACAUAUUUAGGCUCUUAACCAUUCCUGGCUUAUCCUCAAAGCAGGAAUACAUUCAAUUGAAUGAAUAUAGAUGAAUUUCAUAGCAAUAGUUCUGCAGGCCAACAGGCGGCAAAACGUAUUGUGCAGCCGCUCACCCGUGUGCGCUCCCAUUACGCACAGACAUGGCGGACAAGAAGUCAUAGAGCGCCCCGAGACGCGAACUUCAAACACAUUACAAUAUGGAUAUAAACACUCUUCUUUCUCGUCGGUGCAGCGAGUGUUCAUGUAUCUCUGAACGUCGCGUGCACUUGGAAGAUUGAAAAAGUGUCAAAUACCGCAUUUAAAUAUGAAUCUGAAAUGCUUCAUAAUGCCGCUUCACCAAACAUUUCCUCGACACAGAAUUAGCCUUGCGCACUGUAAAUACUCAUGCUAUUGGCAAAAGAACAUCGGUAUAUACAUUUAGGAUACAUGAAUUACUAGAUAUAUGGGGAAACAAUUUAGAAGGUGAAUUAAAUCAGGCGCGUAGGUGACGAGAGCUACCGAGGCAGCUUCGUCACAAUCGCACAAUGGGUGUGUGGAGCUGUGUGGUGGCGCUGUGGGCUUGAGAGAGAGCUUGCAUGAGACACCUGGGAGCAGCCGUUGUGGCAGCUGCACUUAGGCCAUGCAGCACAAACGAGGCUUAGUUAGCGCAGGCUACUCCUCAACCCGGGAAGUCAACUUUCAAUAUCCAGGUUUCAGUCAUAAAGCCCAUAGGCCCCACCUCAGCUGUCAUCGGCAUAUCAUCUACACAGGCUAGUGGACAUUCCUCCUGCACACAGCACUUUACACCAACAACAUAUGCAUACGCACUUUAUGACAUGUGCUGGUGUACAAAGGGCUUUUAUGAAUCAAUUUGAUUUGACUUGAUGAUGCAGCCCUUGGUAGAGGAAGCGUCCAUCAAAGCUAUGUCUAAAAGGGUUGCAACAUUAUGGUACGUUGAUUGUGGUGGUCUUUCUGUGUGUUCUACCUCUCUCCUGGCCUGCUGUUUAGGUUUCCACAGGGUCCUGAUGCCCGGCACAAUCGAAUAAGGCUGGUCGUCGGUAGCAAGAGUCGCAGCAGGGGAGGAAGCAUAAAGAAAGCAGCAGUGAGCCCACCACCGGCGGAAUGAGUGCUACGGCGACAGAGGAAGCUGACAUCCUAACUGUGCUCGUCCUGGUCAAGGAACGAUGGAAAGUGGCAAAGAAGAUUGGUGGCGGUGGCUUCGGGGAGAUCUACGAGGCGUUGGACCUGCUGACCAGGGUCAGUGUUGCUCUGAAGGUGGAGUCAGCACUGCAGCCCAAACAGGUCCUCAAGAUGGAGGUGGCCGUCCUCAAGAAACUCCAGGGUAAAGACCACGUGUGUCGCUUUGUCGGGUGCGGCCGCAAUGAUCGCUUCAACUACGUGGUGAUGGAGCUUCAGGGUCGUAACCUGGCCGACCUGCGGAGGAGUAUGACGCGGGGCACGUUUACAAUCAGCACCACCCUGAGACUGGGACGACAGAUACUAGAAGCUAUAGAGAGCAUCCACUCUGUUGGCUUCCUGCACCGAGACAUCAAACCGUCCAACUUUGCCAUGGGCCGUUUUCCCAGUACCUGUAGGACCUGCUACAUGCUGGACUUUGGUCUAGCUCGCCAGUUUACUAACUCCUGCCAAGAGGUCCGACCGCCACGACCAGUAGCAGGUUUCAGAGGUACAGUCCGCUACGCGUCCGUCAAUGCACACAAGAACAAGGAGAUGGGUCGGCAUGACGACCUGUGGUCUCUCUUCUACAUGCUGGUGGAGUUCAUGGUUGGCCAGUUGCCAUGGCGAAAGAUCAAAGACAAGGAGCAUGUAGGGAAGCUGAAGGACACCUAUGACCACAGGCUCAUGCUGAAACACCUGCCUGCUGAGUUCACUGUCUUCCUGGAUCACAUCUCUAACCUGGACUACUUCACCAAACCAGACUAUCAGCUGCUGAUGUCAGUGUUUGACAACAGUAUGAAGACCUACAACGUGGUGGAGAAUGACCCGUAUGACUGGGAGAGGACUGGGUCGGAUGGUACUCUGACCAUCAACGCCACAGCCACCACACCACAGCACCACACACGCCUCACGCCUGCACACAUGGGAAUGGCGAAUGCGUCCCUGGUCCCUGGGGACCUGGCGAGGGAGAACACAGACGACGUGCUGCAGGACGAGCAGCUCAGUGACAAUGGGGAGAACAACCCUCCUCCAGAACGCCUCCCUGGAUCCCCCAGCAUGCCCCGGGCCAACCAGGAAGCUGACGUCUGGGAGAUGCUGGACCGUGACCGCAACCGCAUCAGGACAGCUGUCUGGAAGGCAGCCACAGAGGAGGAGCACAGCAACAACCAGGUGGGUCUCCAGAGCCCACACGCCAACCCCAGUCUGGGCUCUCCUGUCCGGCUACACUCUGAGAUGGUGGGGGCCUCAGGGCAGGACGGUGGUGGUCCUCUGCUCAGGAAGCUUCGUAACAUCCACAGCUUUGAGCUGGACAGGAGGUUGACCCUAGAGGCCAAGCCCAGCCCUGAACGCUUCCUGGAGGCAUGCUCAGUGAAGCAGCAGGGUUGUGGGCAGGAGAAGGGGUCUGAGGUGGGCCAGGGUCUGUCUGUACCCGCUGUUGGUGCCACAGCGCUAGGUCGAGCUGGUGGCUCUGACCGAGUCUGGCACUACGACGAGGAGUUCAUAUCUGGUGGUGGCACCAACGGUAGCUCGCCCAAACCUGUCUCCCCUCACUCCCCUGGCUCCCUGGAGCAAGGCGAGGGGGCACCCAGCAGCGGAGGCUUCGUGGCCCUCAACCUGAGCUCCGGCAGGGGGGAGGUGGACUCCAGGGAGUGGGUGAUGGUGGAGAGGCCCAGCGAAUCCCCAGGGACAGGAACUGGGGCGAAGGCUACGACCAGCCCCUCUGAGGAGGAAGAAGAGGACCUGGAGGUGCUGGAGGUACCCCUGGGGGCAGGGGAGGGGUCAAGGGGGAGCCCAAGUCCUGGUCAGGUCCAUGGGGACAGGAAUGGGAACCUCCAGGGGUCACCAGGGUCCAGGAGAGGACCCCCUAGAGUGGACAGGCUGGAGCUGAGUGUGGGACACCCGGGAAGCCUGCCCCCCAUCACCCCGACUAGCCCUGCUGAGGGCCUGACUGAGGGAGUACUCACACAGCUCCCCACCUCUCCUCCGUCCCUGCCUGAGGAGGUUUUGGCCAGGACGUCCAGUCCUCUGCUCCUGCGUUCCCCCAGCCCGCACACCCAGACCCUCCUCACCACCCUGUCGGACCCCCUGCACCAAAGGGACCCUCCUGGAAUGAGGCACAGCUAUUCAGCCAACCACCACCACCAACAGCACCUCCUCCGUCCCACCUCCUGUUCCUCCUGCCACGCCUCCCUACCUCCACCACCUCACCCCGGUUCCGCCCGUAACCAAUCGCCCACCGGGCGCAGGAAACUGCCCGCGAUCCCGGCGGGUGCCGCCAACAGCAAGUUCCCUUCCGUUAUACGCAUCACACGUGCCCAACUCCAGCAGUUGACAGCUCAGCGUUCCCAAUCAGGCUCAGACAGUGCUCCACAUUGCCUCCUGAUGGAGAGACGAGGUGAAGCAGCAGCUGAGGCCAAGCAGCCGCAGGAUACUACUGCUACCGCUGAUAUCCACUCCUCCCAGGGCCAGGAGCACCUGCCCACCCCUAACCACACCUUUACCCAGCCUGGCAACCAGCCCGGCAGUCCCACCACUCUGGAUGACCUCCUGGCAGAUACCCUGGUCAACGGAGGAGACACCCACACCAAAGCCCACAGUCCUGUGCCAAGCCGAAUGUCUUCUCCUCACUCCCCUCGCUCUCCCGUUUCUCCUAAUUCUCCCCGUUCUAAUUCUCCACGCUCCCCCCACAGCCCAGUGUUAGGGCUAGUCAACGGCCAUCUCUCUCCCCCAGCUUACGGCCAGGGGGAUGGCAGCAGUGGAGCCUUCCCAGAGCUGAAGGACCAUGAGAGUGACCAGCCCCGGCCAGACAGGGGAGAUGGGGUGGAGACCAGUGACCCAGCCCCAGCUUUAACCCCCUCCUCCCUGCCCUCCGCCCCCCGUAGGGACCCCUCCCGCAGGCUGAGCCGUAUCCCUGUCCUGGAACCCUCCAGCCUGCUGGACCUCCUCCCCACUCCUGGCUCUGCCAUGGAGAAGCUGCUUCAGAAGAAAGCCCACCACCACCAGGGAGGAGGCCACCACCCAGCCCCCUCUCCCACAGCCUCUCCCUCCCACCGCGGCUCCAUCAUGGCCUCACUCCCCCGCGGGGAACAGCUGUCCUCUGCCUCGGACCGCUCUGAGACGGCCGAUGAGUCAUUCCUGGGGUCACGCUCCGACCGCCAGGGGGAUGAUGCCCCCUCCCUGUCCUCCUCCUCCAGCCCCCUGUCCCGUAAGAGCAGGAUCCCUCGCCCCGUUAACCUUCCUAACCCGGCCCCAGAGCAGGAGCGAGCUGCACAGUACCUACCACGCCCACCCCCGGGCAAGCCACCCAGUCGCCCUGCAGUGGAGGGCAGGCUGAGGCGUUACCGAAUUCGAGCGGGCAGCACCAGCGACUCAGACCUCCUGACCUGCCUGGCCCAGCUCAUGCACCAUGGUCAUGGUGGUGGUUCUGUCCGCGGCUCCCCCCACCACGGCCGCUCCUCAGUCCAGCACGGAGGCUCCCGGAUGGGCGUGUGUAGCCUGACCAGCUCCCCCCACCACCACCGGAGCUCCAGCGCAUCUCCACGCAGCUCCUCCUCUCUACAGCGCUCUGUCUCCUCCUCCCCCUCCCGCCACGAACACCGCGGGGGAGAGAGAGGAGGAGGGGUUUGUUUCGGUCGGUCCCGAUCCCCUCCUAGCUUCUCCGGGUCCCCCCCUCCUCCCCGGCGCUCCUACCCUCACCACCAGGAGACUUGCUGCGGUCGCCAGGCCCGCGCCGGCCCCUUCCACCAGCACGCCCCCAGGGGGAAAGUCUGCAGCCGCGAGGAGAGAGAGAGGAAGUGCUCCAGCAAGCUGAGCAGCAGAUAGUGGCCCACUGCUCAAGCUCUGGUCCAAGCCUGGCCCAUAGGAAGCUCUGGGCCUAUUUAUUAAAGUGUCUCAGGGUAGGAGCAGGUCCCCUCUGUCCAUGUAAUCUUAUUCAUGAAGUACGUAAAUAAUAAUAAAUCACUAAACUGAUCCUAGAUCAGCACUCCUAUCCUGAGAUGCUUUGUGAGUAGGCCAUGGGAGUCAGUGUUGUUGCCACAGCAAAGGGUGGGAUGUUCAUACAGACCAGACGAUCAUGCUCGGGAUCGAUGAGGACCUGAGGCCUCUGUCAGAGAAUACUGAACUUAAUUGCCCCCCCCCCCCCAUCUCCUCCCCGUUCAGUUUCUCCCCACACCCCGCUGUCCUCUAUCUCUUUCACUUGUAAAUCCUUCACUCUUUCUCCUCUCAUUCCUUCCAUUUUGUCAUUGUUUAAUCACUCAUUUAUAAGCCCACUUUAAGCGUUCAUACUUCAUGCAAAAAAAGUAUCCAGAUGCGUCAUGCUGUGUGGAAAAUGUAGGGGUACUUACUUCCCUCAUCUCCUCAGUGAAAGUGAACACACUCCGUUCAGAUUACCCUAGGACGCUAAUGGUGGAAAUUCAGUGGAUGAGCACUCAUGUAUUAAUCACUAAACAUUAUAUUGGCUCGUUCUAUUGUGUUUCCUCUGUACUGACCUAGGGAGCGCAGUGCAUAGCAGGCCUACAUGUAUGGCCAUGAAGCUCUCGAGAGAAAUGUACACUAUCUACAGAUCUUAUUUAUUUCUAUUUUGACGCGCCUGUCACACCAGUUACACACUCUCUCUCCGUCUUUGACUUCAGAUGUACUGUAUAGCGAGGGUUCUUUAUUUCGAAGGCAUCUAAAGCAAUCGAUCGAUCAAUGAGAGAAGUGAUCAUUUUGAGUGAUCCUUCCUUUAAUACAAUCGUAUAGUGUGUGUGAGCUCACACACCUACUUGUGCCUACUGUGUUGAUUGAUUGAUUGAUUGAGGGAACUUAAAUGUCAAAGUAAAUGUGUGAUUGGAUACUAGUAACUGGGCCUUGAUUCCCUUUGUAUGCUCCUCUUGAGGAAGGAGUCUGACUUUGCGUUCCAAUUCUUUACCCUUCUGCCCUGGACGUAAAAGUAAUGGGUUAAGAAAUAUGAUGGCAACCCUCCCUAGCCUUGCCCAUGCUUACACCAAUCCAGCGAUUUUAAAUGCAUGGAUGGGAGGGAACUGCACACUUGGGGAGAAUUGGGACGCAGCCUGCUGAUAAAUUAUGGUACUAUUUAUAACAGUAGUAGUGAAUACAAGGCAACACUAAGUUAUAAUGAUUAUUACUGUAUAAUAAAUACUUGUCUUAAUGUGUGCCUUGCCUUGGCACUUUGGGCAGCUCCUGGUUUCACUACAAAGUAGGCUAUGAUUCUCAUUUUUACAAAAUGACCCCCUGCAAAAAUUGUGCCAGCUGCAAAGACAGUCCUCUUCAUGUGAGUGUAACAUUACAUUAUUCACUACAAGAAAAAGGAAGCAAAGUGAAUGUUUUUAUUUUAUUUAUUCAGACAUUAUUUUAAGAAAGAACAUUUUUAUUUAAGAUAUUAAAGAAAGGGAAUGUUUUAAACUAAAACUUCGAUAUCCUGUUUGUCAAAAUUGUAUGACAGGUCCAAUAUUUAUGUCAAAAAAUGUCAUGCUAUUUAUGCCAUAUAAAUAUCAUGUAUCAUAUACCAAAUCAGUGUUUCAAACUUCCCAAAGGAUAAAAAAACAACAUGUUGCAAGAGAAUGUUUUGUUUCUUUUGUAAAGACAUGCUGUAUGUUGUGUGCACUAUUACCUCAGAGUUAAUGUAUUGUUUGAGAACCAACCACAUUUUCAAUGAACACUAUCAUUUAAAACCUCCUUCACCUGACCUUUCUUAUACCUA